AUGACUCAGCGGACUGAGGACGAGCAGAUGAAGCCGCUUGAGGCAGAUGGAGAGGCAAACCCUACCCAGACUGAGGAAAAACCGCCAGCCCAAGGUUUUGAGGGGUUCUCGUAUAACGAAGAUGUCAUGAAAUUCGAGCUGCCACCUUUGCCAGAUCCAUUACCCAAAUGUAAGGUCGCUCUUGAGAAGUUUGUAGUCCCAAAAGAGCGGAUGAUUGAAACUAUACAGAGCGAUCUGGUUCGACGUUCGUUCAUGCCGCUUCGCACUCACCCAGAUCCUAUGGUUGAGGCGUAUUUUGAAAAUGUCACAGAGACGGGAAAAUCGCGGCUUCCAUGGGAAAUUAUACGUCCAGCCUUUUUAUGGAAAAUCAAGUCUUGCAUGGAUGAAAUGGUACGAUGGCAUCGGCAACGCGAAGGGCCCGACUCGUUUGACCUCAGCGAAGGAUCCGAAAAUAAGAGAAUGUACGACUUCAUACUGAAUAAGGCUGCUAAGUUUGAGGCUGCUCCUUUCACCUGGCAGAGGUUUGUGAAUUGUUAG